AUGGGCAAAACCCUACAUCUCUCGAUCUCCGAUAAGGACCUCAGUGCCGCCACCGCUGAUGUUCACCAUGACCACCUCCAAUCCCAACUUGACGGUGUUGUCGACUCCAUCUCUUCUCUCGAAGCCCACCAGACUGACAUCCAAACCUCCCUCACUUCCCUCUCCUCCUUCAACUCUGCCUUCCAGACUCAAAUCACCAACCAAUUAUUCGCUUUUCAAUCCCUCAUUCUUGACGAACUUCGCAACAUCCAGCCCCGCACCUCUACCGUUCCACCCACCCAACCUGCUACAACCUCCCUUCCUCAUUCUCUCUCCCUUUUGGCAACCCCACCUCCUCACUAUGCCUCUACUUCCCAUACACCUCAGCCUUCCCCUUCUUUCCGCUCUCUCUUUCCCCCAGCCACAACCACAUACAGUGGUCUUGGCCUUUCCCACCCGCCCUCCCCGGCUCUCAACCGUUAUGUUGGUCAACCAGUUUUUCGCACCCGUCCCACUCAUCAUUUCACCCAACACACACUGCCGCUCUAUACCACCCUUUCUCCUUCAUCCCUUCCCCACCUACCUUCUCCAACGCACUAUCCAUACCUUCCCCCUACCCCUCCUUUUCCUACUACCCAUACCUCGCUUCCUGCUCUUGAUCCUCUGCUCUACCAUUCCCCUUCCUUUGUAAAAAUCAUCAAAAUCGACCUACCUCGCUUUACUGGCAAGGAUGCUUACGGCUGGCUCACCAUGGCCGAGCGUUACCUGGACUAUUAUUCGGUCCCCUUUUUCCAACGAGUCACGGUCACAGCUUGUAAUUUUGGGUCGAACGCUUCCAUUUGGAUGCGUUAG